AUGGUCAAACGUAGAGUGAACAAGUUUAUAUUUGAAGGUACCACAGCAGUUGAUGUAGAAGUACAAGAUCCCAAUGGUGUGGUGAUGAUUAAACCAACACGGGAGAUUAUUAUCACACCUGGAGCUAUAAAUUCUCCAAAAUUAUUGAUGUUGAGCGGUAUAGGUCUCCAGGAGCAUUUGGAAGAACUUGGUAUUCCUGUGUAUGCUGACCUACCAGUUGGUCAAUAUUUAGAGGAUCAUUUAAUUGUGCCAGUUUUUGCUACUAUUCUUGAUGUCCCUAUGCCUCCGUAUAAUCUCAUGAGGGAUGCGUUUUGUACAAUUGGUACCCUUUUGAACAACAUUGAAUUAGCGAAUUUUAUUGGUUUUUUAACACUAAAGGAGAAACUGAUAAGCCUGACUUUCUUUGAGAAAUUUGGAAUUAUUGAAGAGUUUGCUAGUCAACUUCGUGACGCUAAUCAGUUGCAUAGUCUUCUAUUGUUUUUGCCUACAUUGUUACACCCUGUAUCACGUAGAGAAAUGUUUCUUCAAAAUUUAGACCUAAAAAGACGGCCGAGAUUAUUCCCGCAUGAUUUUGAGGAAGGUGACGAUGCCCAGGUGGUUAUUGAUUCUAUUUAUUAUGUACAACUCCGUUUAUUGCAAGUGAUUUGUUUCGAAUACGAGUCCGAUGAGUAUUGGAGGUGUUAUUGUACGCAUUUAGCAGGGACUAUUUAA